AUAAAUAAAUAGUUUGCAUGUAUUUUGUUUUUGACCAUAUCAAUAGUUUUAUACUAACACUGUACUAAUAGGUCUUGUUUAGUUUUAAAUACAGUGUGUAAAGAUUGUGUGACUUGAUAAUUAGUUGUACCUGAAAACAACAAUUGUGUUUAGUGGUGUUGAAUGUCGAACUACUGUUCAUCUUAAAGUGUUGUGGAAAAACAAUCGAAUAGUAUGUAAUUUACAGUUUGAAGAAAAAGUUGAAGCUAUUCGUUUACUCACAAUAUAUGCAGAAGAAACUCAAAGCCAAUAUAAUGAAUGUUUUGCAGAGGCAGCCAAACAAGACAAAUUGCUAGAACUACAACGAGAUGCAAUUCACAGUCUUCAGCAAAAAAUUAGUAGUAUGGAAUAUAAUAAUAGCGUAGCUAUUAUUGUCAUUCAUACCAUGUAUUGUUCAAUUUUAAAAAUAAUACAGGAACAAUUGGAAACUCGUGCAAAUGAUAUUCAAGCUCUAACGAAUGAGAGAGAUGCUUUGAUACAAUCGAAGUGCUAUUUGGAAAAUAAGUAUUUAAAUACAAAAAAACUAUGGCAAGAAGCAGAAAAAAAAUUGCGGGAAUUAAGGGAGGAUAUAUUGAAGAUUGAGCACAAAACAGAAAUUAGUGAAGAUAAAGGAUGCCAAUGUAAAAUAGAAGUUAAAGAUAAAAACAGCACUAUUCAAGAUGCAUUUGAUUGGAAUGACUUAACAUAUAACAAUAAGGAACAACGUAAAAAUUUAUCACAUGAACAUGACUUACAUUCAGAAAUUGAAAUUUUAAUUAGAGAAAACGAAGAUAUGAAAAGGCAGUUACAAAAAUAUAAAUUGGAUUUUGACAUAAUUGACAAAGAAUUGAAAACAGAAAAAGAAAAUGGUACUUACGUUCAACAAGUUUCAUUUGAAUUACAGAAAUUAAGAGAUACAGAGUGUUGUUUACAAUAUGAAAAUGAACAACUUAAAUCCGAUUUAAAAAAGCAGACACGAAAAAUAGAAGAUUUAGUAGAAAAGUUACAGUCCCAAGAGAACAAUACAAAAUUUGAAAAAUUGUUGAAGAAAUUAGAGGAAAAACAAAUGCAGAUUAAUGAUUUAUGCAGUCAAAUUACGAAUAAUGAAGUUGUUAUAAAAAAACAAACAGAAAUUAUUGAAGAACUUGAAAAGAAGUUACACAUAAAAAAUCAACAAAUUAAAGAAUAUUUAUCUGAAUUAAAUGAAGCAGAAGAAGAAAUGUCAACUUUACAUGAAAGAAUACAAUCUUUGAAAACAAUGUUAAAGGAAAAAUCAGAUGAUAUGGCUAAAUUACAAGCAGAUUAUGAACUGAUAAAAAAUGAGAAUUCUAUAUUGAAGGUGGAAAAUAACAACUUUGAGGAUAAAACAAAAGAAGAUAUUUAUCAAAUGAAAAUCAUGUUGAAAGAUCUUCAAAUGCAAUUAUGUUUUACUGAAGAUAAUUAUUGUAGAGUUACUGAUGAUUUUAAUAAAACACAAGAACAAUUAAUUAAAAUUACAAAACGGGAAGCUGAUUUACAAGAAUGUUUAACAAAUAUGGAAAGAGACUAUUGUUCAAAGCUAUCAAGUAUGGAGAAAGAGAAAACUAUGCUUGGAGACUGCUUAGAUAAAUUAAGAGAUGAAUUAGAAGAAAUGCAAAGAAGUUAUUUAUCAAAAAAUGAUGAACAUUGCAAACUAAAAGAUAUUUGCAAGUCUUAUGUGGAACAAUUAGAUAUUUUACAACAACAGAUGGAGGAAGAAAAAGAAAAAGUUAAACAAAUAGAAGAAUCAAAUCACUGUAUGGUACUACAGUUACAAGAAUGCAAGGAACGAAAUUGUAGUCUUGUUAAAGAAAAAUCUAUGAUAGAACAAAAUAAUUGUGAAAUUAUUUCAGAGUUACAAAAGACACAUAAAUCUUUGUUAGAAUUAAAAAGAGAAUGUCAGUUAAAAAAUAAAUCAUUGGCUUGCAUAUCGGCGGAAUUAACAGAAACAGCAAUGAGUCGAUCAGAACUUUGUAAUCAGUCACAAUAUGUUGUUUCUUGUAUACGAAUUUGGAUGGAAGAACAACGAGAAUAUGUAAACAAGCUUAGUGCAAAAUUGAAAUCGCAGCAACAGGAAUUAACACAAUUUGAAUUUGACAAAAGAGUAUUAAUAGAUGAAGCAAAGAGAUUGAGACACAUGAAUCAUGCAUUAAUGCAAAGAUUAAAAAGGAUGCAUAGAUUUGGUAGCAAGAAUAUUAGAAAUGUUUGUGUAGGAUGUCAAUUACCAAAAAAUAUUGAUAUACGUCUUCCUACAAGCUCCAAAUAUUUAUCGUCGCAGAAGAAACUAAAUCUUACAAGGACAGCACGUCGCAUUUCAGUGUGUAGUAACGGUUCAUGCUUUUCCCGAAUGAAAUAUUUAAUAAACGAGUUGCGAAAAAGUAAUGUAGAUUGUGAUGAAAAUUCUUUUAACAGGAUGAAUACAAAUGUAGGAUCAGAAGAAAAUCAUGAUUAUGGUUAUCAAUCAUCUACUAGUAAAUGAACAUAUGUAAAAUAUUCGACGACUACUAAGGAUGAAUAAUCGUAUUUUUUAACGAUCAUAUAAACAAAAUAUUAUCUCAUUGGACUUUUUUAUAUUAUUUUUUACGUAAUAGAAUUUCUUCGUUUUUAUACAAGUGAAUUGAAUUUAAAAAUGUAAACGUAUAUUGAGUAAAUAAUUUACUUGUCAGUAUGUGUUUUCUUUAUUAAUCUUUUAUAAUUGAAUUUCUUGAAGUCUGUAAUUUUAGAGUAAAAUGAUAGUUUGUAUGACAAAGAAUAUGCAGUAAAACGAGAUUUUUUAUGUAUACUUUAUGAAAUAAUUCAAAUAAAAGCUUGCAUUCUUUUAUGGUAAAUAUUUCUAAUCCUUUUGGAGGAUACUGGAAAUUAUAUAUUACAAACUUUAUAAAAUUUUAUCUAUUUCUAAAGAUCUAUUAUUUUACGGUUAUAUAAUUUAGCAUAAAAUAAGAGAUGUACAAACCAAAACAACAUGUAGUAACAUAGUUUUAUAAAAAAAUUGAUGAACUUCUUGAGUUGCACACCAUGGACAUGAAAGAAAAAAUAAAUGUGUUAAAUACACGAUUCCCAAACAUGCAGAAAUAGCUUUUCCACUGAAUAAAUUUAAUCUGAAAUAUAUUUCAAUAUAGACUAUGAUCAACUUUUUAAAUUUGUGUUAGAUACCAAUCACAGAUUUUAAG